AUGUAUAUAAUUAAUCGUGAUCAGUUUUACGACUAUGGAGGAUUGGAGGAUCAUGGAUUUGCUAGAACCUUACUCUGGAGAUUGGAUACUUUAGCGAAUGAUUCAGUUCAACUCCCUCCGACCACCGGAAAGGCAUUCGUCGAUCUCAUUCUCGAUCGUAUGCCUCCCGACUUCGUUAACUGGCCUCAGCAUAGAUUCGAGCUGCGUUUACGUGUUCUUCUCGCACCCACCGGAGAUCUGACUAUGUUAGCUCGUGUAAGAAACGUCAACACUAAUGGGAGUCCUGUAACAUUCAAAUUUUCCUUUCACACUUAUCUAUCUGUCUCAAAUAUCAGGGCAACUCAUAUUGAAGGAUUGGAGAGGACAGAGUAUGUCGACUAUUUGCAGCAUCGCAGGCGAUAUACGGAAGGAGCUAAUCCAGUCACUUUCCGAAAUGAAUUCGGUUUCCGGUUUAGGUGGACAUAUCUGAACACUCGUAACAUGAUAACUGUUACGGACCGUCAGCGUAGAAGAACUAUUACCAUUCAUAAAAAUGCUUAUCUUCCUGAAGUUGUUGUGUAUAGUCCGUGGCAUGAUGCAAGAAUGAUACCUGAUAUGGGAGAUGAGGAGUAUAGGAGAAUGGUUUGUGUUGAAGCAGCUGCUGUGGAGACUGAAAUCACUGUGCAACCCUCUUACGAGUGGUCCGGGUAUCAGCGUCUUUCAGUCCGGGACUACUGA